CUGUCCAGUGCUAAAUCGUCUGCCGAUUGACUGACAGUGAUAAGCUUUUACAUCUGGUUGAUUUAUAACCGAUAGUCUAGGAUUUUACGCUAUUUUUACAAGAUGAAGUUGGAGGUUUACACCCUAAGUGCUAUUUUCAUUUGUGCCUUGGAGUAUGUGUAUGGUAAAAAUGUUCAACCGUGUGAAGAUGGAAUGUACUACGAAAAGAAAUCUGAAGAUUGCCGCACGUGCGCCGUGUGUCCUAUCAACACCAUCAUUCUUACCCCGUGUGGCUAUUUCGAAAACACCAAGUGUGGUAAAUUUACUGAAUUUUUCCAGUUUCAAGAGAAAUCCGGCAAAUCUUCCAUCAAUAGGGCCUUUGUACAGAUUACGAGAGACAGUAGCCUGUCGUCUGCUAGCGCAGAUGUUACAAUCUCCCCACGUGCCAGUGACAGCGGCACUUUUUUCGAGAUCAGUGACGAGUGGUACCUGAUUUCCAUGGUUUUAUUGGGAAUUCUCUGUUUCGUCUCUCUGGCCAUCGCUCUCUACAUCAUCUUUGCCUGUUUCAUCUGCAAGAAGGCCUCUGACAAGGAGAUCAUUCGUGAACCAGAAUACAUCACAAUAUCUCAGCAAGCCUGUCACGGAAGCAACAAGUACCGUAAUACCUUGGUAACGGCGUCUCCUGAUGUGCUGAUGGGUUGCCAGACAUCCCUGACGCCUGUGUACGAGGACGAUGGACCGAUUGUGAUGGGAAGUCCAAACAUUUAUAUCAACAAUCAGUACAUCGAACCAAAGGAUGCUCUCCUUGGUCAGAAGAAAUAAACUAUUGACUUUCUACAACAAAAUAGUGCUGAAGCAUUCUGUGAUAUUAAAAAAAAAAACUGUCUCUCAACCACAUACAUGGACCAAACACGAGACUGAAGAGAUGAGGCGCAGGCGCCCGAGACGUUAGUGACGUCAUAUUUGCAGAUUAUGACAAAGAAAGAGAUUGAGUCAAUUCCCAACCCAUUUUGGAAGG